GAAAUUUCCACUCCAGAAAGGGCGAAAAGAACAGAAAGCAGCUUCUCCAAUCCAUACUUGCCCCCCACCCUGGGUACCUCUCUACAUUCCCAUUAGGGAAGGAGAGAAAGAAAAAGGUGUCUGUCAUUCCAAACAAUUAAGAAAAGAGGGGAAGAUUGGAUGGUUGGCUUGGAGAACAGUGUUCAGAAAGUCCAUAUAUGGUGGGAGAACCUCAAACUCAAGGUACAGUCCAUUGUUUGCAGUGAAGAAGCUGCCAUAGAGAGUAGGAAACUCUGAAGACUCAAAUGAAUCCCAUGGAAGUGCAAAAAGUCAACAUCCAACUUGAUGACCAAAGCAGUAGUGGAGAAAGUGUCCCAGACAGCUAUAUUGAGAUGGUAAAUUCGGUAAAAGCUCCUAUUAAAAGCCAAUUUGCUAAUGAUGAUGAUGAAAGCCAGAAGUUUCUAACAAAUGGAUUUCUAAGCAAAAAAAAAUUGGAAGAUUAUGAUGAAGAACAUCAUCCUGGAACCACAUCUUUUGGAAUGUCAUCUUUCAACCUUAGUAAUGCCAUUAUGGGAAGUGGAAUCUUAGGGCUGUCUUAUGCCAUGGCCAACACUGGAAUAAUACUUUUUAUAAUCAUGCUGCUCACUGUGGCAAUACUGUCUCUCUAUUCAGUUCAUCUUUUACUGAAGACAGCCAAAGAAGGAGGCUCAUUAAUUUAUGAAAAAUUAGGGGAAAAAGCAUUUGGAUGGCCUGGGAAAAUUGGAGCUUUUGUUUCCAUUACAAUGCAAAACAUUGGAGCAAUGUCAAGCUACCUCUUUAUUAUUAAAUAUGAACUCCCUGAAGUAAUCAGGACAUUCAUGGGACUUGAAGAGAAUACUGGAGAAUGGUACCUCAAUGGCAACUACCUCGUUAUAUUUGUGUCUGUUGGGAUUAUUCUUCCACUUUCUCUUCUUAAAAAUUUAGGUUACCUUGGUUAUACCAGUGGAUUUUCUCUAACCUGCAUGGUAUUUUUUGUCGGCGUAGUUAUCUAUAAGAAAUUCCAAAUUCCUUGCCCUCUACCUGACCUGGAUCACAAUGUUGGAAAUGGGACAUACAACAAUACAUUUCUGAUGCACCUCAAGAUGUUACCCAACAAAUCUCAGAUUCCUGAAGUGAAUUUCAUGAUGGAUUAUACUAAUGGGAAUGUUGCAGGUCUAGAUGAGAAGCAGACCAAGGAUUCUCUUCAUAGAAGAGAUGUAGAAUAUGAAGCCCAGAGUAUGGAUAAAUGUCAACCAAAAUACUUUGCAUUUAACUCAAGGACUGCCUAUGCAAUUCCCAUUCUUGCAUUUGCUUUUGUAUGCCACCCUGAGGUUCUUCCAAUCUACAGUGAACUUAAAGAUCGGUCUCGAAAGAAAAUGCAGACUGUGUCAAACAUCUCCAUCACAGGAAUGCUGAUUAUGUAUCUGCUUGCUGCCUUGUUUGGUUACCUUAGCUUCUAUGGAGAAGUUGAAGAUGAAUUGCUCCAUGCUUAUACUAAGGUGUAUACAUUUGACACCCCACUUCUCCUGGUUCGUCUAGCAGUUCUUGUGGCAGUCACACUUACAGUGCCUAUUGUCUUGUUCCCAAUCCGCACAUCAGUGAUCACACUGUUGUUCCCCAAAAGGCCCUUCAGUUGGAUAAGACACUUUCUGAUUGCAGCAGUUCUUAUUGCACUAAAUAAUGUCCUUGUCAUUCUUGUGCCAACUAUAAAAUAUAUUUUUGGGUUCAUAGGUGCAUCUUCUGCUACAAUGCUAAUUUUCAUUCUUCCAGCUGCUUUUUACCUUCGACUUGUUAAAAAAGAACCUUUAAGAUCACCUCAGAAGAUUGGGGCUGCUGUUUUUCUUGUGGUAGGCAUCAUCUUUAUGAUUGGAAGCAUGGCACUCAUUAUCAUUGACUGGAUUUACAAUCCUCCAAAUUCCAAGCAUCAUUAAUCCAAGCAAAAAUUAUUUUGCGUUCUGGAAAUGACUGUGUUCUGCUCUUACAGACCAUUUUGAUGUCUAUAUUGGAAUGUUUUCUAGUGAAAAUUAUAUGAAGAAUACAAAUAAUUUCUCCAUUAAUAUCAAUAUAUCUUUGGAAUAUUAAAUCAUCAUUUUUAAACAAAAAGUUUUUUAGUAUUUAAAACCCAUGGAGAAGAGCCCUACCUUGGUUUAAAUCAAGAAAUUCAAGAUGACAAAAACAUUUUUACUGCUGCAUGUGCAGAGUAAGCUUUCAUAUGCAUGGUCAUCAAGAAAUCUGUUUCUCCUCCAGAUUUUGAUUAACAGCACUUCUUAGAACACCCAGAAAUAUCCUCCUCCUCUCCAACCUGCUGGCUCUUCACUCCCAUAAAAUCUAAUGGAACUGUUUUUUAUAACACAACUACAUUGUCACAAUUCAUAAACUACCCUGUUUCACAAGAAGGAUCAGUCACUAGAGUCUAAAACUUGGAGCUCCAUCAAUAUUUGUAGAAUGAAUGAGUCAUCAUGGCAUAUUUUGUCCAGCCUGUCAGUGACACUGAAUCACAUUUAUCAAACAGAAAAAUAAUCUUCAGGCAAUGGAUUUGUCACAAUUGUUAGGAGACCUGAUUGAAUUCUAAGAGGGGCUUUAAAAACUACAAAUCCACAGGAACAGUCAUUUUAUCACAAAAAAAAAUUGUACAGUCCAGAAGCAUCUACUUUAUUUUUAUUGUUAUUUGUCAUAAGCCCCUUGUAAUAUAUGUGAGUUAUGUCACUGAACAAGUGCUAUCCUUCUUGUCUUCCAUUCUAAUUCAUUAGGUUUUAAGAGACCACAGAUAUGUGGGAAUAAAUGGGAACCAGUAGUGCAUGAUGAAUUUUUAUUUGAAAACAUUCAGCGCAGGAGGCCGUCAUUUGCUUUUUGUUCAUGUAUAUAAUCCUUUUCUGUACUUACCUUAAUGUUAACAUAUGGCACUUUAUUUUUAUUUUUUACAUGUGUAGCUCUUAUUUUUUUUCGUACUUUGGGGAAGAAUAGAUUAGUGAGAUAAAAAGUGACUUUUUAUGUUUUCUGUUUAUUGGGAGAGCUUUACGUUUUAAUACCCAAGUUAGAAUUUAGCACAAUGUUCUCAAAUGUUUACAAUAAUCAGCUAUGCGAAAAAUUCCUUUUCUUAAAAUAAUUGCCAAUACUAAGAUUUUUUUUACUUUGGACAUCUAAAAUCAGAUUGAAUAAAUUUAAGUUUGGACAGAUGUUUACAGAUUCAUUAAUCUUACCAAAUUGAAUGCUUUGCUGUGAAAAUAACAGAUAUCUUUAUCACUGAAUGUAAAACUGUGGAUGUAUACCAUUAGAUCUGGAGGAGACUUAGAGAUCUUCUAGUCUAACCUCUUUAUUUUGCAGAUGAGGAAACUGUUGCCCACAGAGGUUGUCUGAGAUUGGUUACUCAGCUAGUAAUUGGCAAAACUAGAAUCUGAACCUGAUUCCAAAGCUGGUGCUAUUUUUAGUAUAUGACACUACUCAGUUCUUUCAAUUUCUUUACAUUUCUCCAAUGAGAGAAAGUAGUCCUAUAAUGGUAUUUUAGUGAAAAAUUCACUACCCUGUAUUUUGAAGUUCCACUAUUAAAAUUUUUUUCACUUGAAAAACAAGCACACAUUUUAUAUUUCAAAAUGUAUUUUAAUAAAGUAAAAAAGUAAGGUCCUCUAGCUUAAAAAUAGAAUUAUUAUUAACUAUUUUUAAAGUGAAAAGUUGUUUUGAAAAAAGUGAUCCUGAACUAUAUAAUUUCAUGUUCUAUUUUUAGUAGUGUAAUACUAUAAAUGAAUGCAUUUUGUUGUGGAAAGAGAAUGUUUGUCUAUAAGUUGCCAUAAUUUAGGGUUCUUGUUAGUAGAAAUUGAUUCAGUGAAUGGCGUCUUCAAAGUAUUUGCCCAACUUUGUAUGUGUGUGUUUUAAGCUAUCAAAAGAGCUUGGAAACAGAUUUACCAUCCUAGUGUUUAAUCUGAGCUCUAUCUGUGUGCAAUUUGAGUUUUUAUCUGAACUUUAAAUGUGAAUUAAAAUAUUAAAACAAA